CGGUGCUCAACGUCGCGGAAGUGGUUUCAAAUUGGUCAAAUUCGAUCAGUCUAAAUUAUGUGUAUAUAUAUAUAUAUGUAUUUUCAUCUCAAUGCCUUUUAAAUUUACUAACUGUUAUUAUUUGGACGUAAAUUAGCGACGGCGUAGUCAUCUGUUACUUUGCUCAACGCUGAUCAAGAUGGACCAGUAACGGAAGGUUGCAAUGCAAUUGUGAACGCAUACGUAUGUGUUGUGUACAUACUGACUGUAACAAAACGCACACAGUGUAAGCUAAGCAUGGCCACUACAGUGAACCAAAACACACUCAUAGAAGCUCUGAAAGAACUGGCCACUUUUGGAAGAAUAUCGUUGGAGUAUGUGGAGAAAGACAUCUCGAAAGGUGGUUCUUUGCAUGAAAUUGCCUAUCAGAAAAUUCAACCUUUAUUUGGUCUGAUGUCAGCUGGGGCAAAGUUCUUCAACAGCUUGGGUGUGAAGAACAAAAAGGAAGCAGAGAAUUUAUGGGAACAGUUUUUUCAGAACGCUGAGGUUCGAGAUAAUGUCGAAGGCUUACUGCAACUGGAAGUGGAGUGGGACAGCUUUUUGAAACGUUUGGAUGUUCAGAUGCAAAUGAGUGACACAGUUCUUUCACAAUAUCCGGCAGCCCAGAUGCUGAACUCCGAUGCACCGCUUAUACAUGUUCAAACUAAAGAGAGUGUGUCUCUGGGUCAGUACUUGGGGAAGGGAGAGAAGCUUCUCCUUGUCCUGCUCCGACAUUUUGGAUGACAGCCAUGACGAGACCACCUGACUGAGUUGAAGGACAGCAAGACUCUUCUGGAAGCUCAGUCAGUGCGGGUGCUGGUGGUUUCAUAUGGUUCUUUUGAAGGGGCAAAAUUCUGGCUUUGUCAAACAGGCUUUGAAUUUGACAUGUUAUUUGAUGCAGAGAGAGUGGUGUAUCAAGCGUUCAGACUGGGUUCAUCCUUUGCCAAGGUGAUGAAGUUUAAGUCACUGCUCCACUACUCUGAAUUUAUGGUGAUAAAUCGACAGUUCCCAGAGGUGCCACAUCAGUUUAUCAACGAUCUAUUUCAGAUGGGUGGUGAUUUUUUGCUGGAUGAGGGUGGUAAAGUGAUAUUUUCCUACCAAUGUAAAAGUCCUGUGGACAGACCAUCAGCUACACAGAUCUUGGCUGCCGUCUCUGCUCAUGCUUCUUAAAUUUUCUCACUGGAGAAAAGGUUGAUUCCAGAGAGACAGCUCUCCCAGAGGAUGUAUAGAUGAAGAUUUGACUCAAACUCAUAUACUUAUGAAGAGUUUUCUCUGAUGGGGAUUUACAGCCUCUGGUCAUCACAGCUUCUCAUCUGUUGAGUCAGCACAAACCUGCCUCACCUCUUUCACUCACAUGAAAUCAGAUGAUUAACUUAAUUGUUUUAUAUAUUAAAUAUAUUAUAUUGAAUAAAAAUUAAAUCAGCUUGUGAAGUUUAACUACUGUUUAAAAUCAGGAUAAUGUGAAGGGUAAAUGUUUACAAAUAGAGCAAUAAAAUAUGGAAUUAAUCUUUUAAAAAUAUGGGUUGGGAUUUUUUUGAUAAUUGACGUCCUUGUUGAAUAAAGGGCUGGUUUUCAGACUGUACAAUUUUCGCAAAGAUUCUGCUGUCAGCUGUGUUUACACUGUCACAAAAAAUCUGAUUUGUUACUCACAUCUGACACAGAUCGGAUAUUGUUGCACACGUGUAAACGCAAAAAUCCGCACGAGAUCUGAUUUUUUUCACAUCUGAUCUGAGCCACUUCCAAAUGUGGUUAUAAAUCAGAUACAUUUCCAAUAUCUGGACAUCUGACCUACGUCUAAAUACGCAUAUUCGAUUCCCCUAGGCUUUUCUUAACAGCAUGUCCUUAUGAAGCAGAUGUGCCUGUAGGCACUCACACAAAAAUUCAGCUUCUCUUGUUGAGGUGUAAGAUUAGGACCCACUCCCUGUCAUCAAACAUGUGGAUUUGGGCCCACCACUACUGACUUCUAGCCAAGGGUGUAUCAGCCAGGGGGGACGUGGGGGACAUGUCCCCCGCUCUCUUUAAAAAAGGUGAUUCGGUCCCUCACACUUUCCCAAGCUAAACCCAUACGUAGUCCAAAUGGUGGAUUUGCCUACAGUAUUCUUUGUUUUGUUACUUUGGGCUGACUGAUCAACCAUCCAGCCAAUCACAGGUGAAUUUCGUGAGCCGAAACAACCCUUACGUAAUAGGCUAUUAAUCAAUGCGGCUCCGUUCAUUUCUAUAAAGUCGCUUUCAACAAUGCUCAUUUAUCCAUGUUUUUUAUCGGCAUUGAUGCUGAUCUAAAUGAUUAAUGUAGAGACGAGGAACACACAAACAUAGGCAUAUAGUUUUGGAUUGGCAGCAUUACGUGAAAAGCACUUCAGAAAAAAACAACAAAGGACAAUUCUUCUUUUAAGCACACAUUGUAAGUGGAGUUUCUUUCAGUGCCCGAGUCUUCAUUAAGUUAUGCUUUUUACAUAAUGUUUGUGAGGUAAUAGUUUGAUCAGUUCUUUUUGCCAAUUUAAGCAGAUUACUAGAUCUGUGUUAAAUAUGUAAAGCUAUUUUUAACAUCAGCUCCUGUUUUUUUAAAAACUAUCUUGCGAUAUAAGAUAGAUCUGCUGUGUUCUUAGAACACUUAUGCAUUUUACUGAAUUCAAUUGAUAUGUAGACACACUUUUUUAUACAUGAAAACGUAUGGAUGUUUUUGAAACUCUUAAUAAUAUAAGACUAUUAUUAUUGUCUUUUGAUAAGAGUCAUACUCGGCAGCUCACAAACUGUAGGGAAAUGAUAGAUUUGCUUUGUUCUUAUAAUGCAUAAAACCUCUACUAAAUCCUCUUUGUAGGUCUGUAGACACAAAUUUUAAAGAAUUAAAAUUUUCUUUUUAUUGUUGAUUCAGUGACUAACUCAUUUCACACAAGACAUCACCAGAAAUGGUCACUGAAUUAAUCAUUAAAUGGAUCUGAAUGAAUUUUGGUGAAUGUAGUCAAAACACUUGAGCCACUUGGAUAAAUUUA